GUUUUACUCGAUAUUUCUAUUUACUUGGGCCUUAAUGUGCCAUGCCAAUAGGGCCUUGGUAAUAUGUCUGACCAAAUUAUUCUUAUGUCAGGUGCAAAAACUUUGAUUCUUAAAAAAGAACAUAUAAAUCUAAUGGGAUAAAAUAACCUAUCUCAAAAUAAAUAUAUAUUUAUAAACAUUGGGAAUCACCACUCUAUAUAUAGUUAUACACAACAAGGAAAACUGUAUUUUCCAGAUGUGCAGUUGACUUGAAGCACGUCAGUAUAUUGUAGGUAGUGAAUAAUGGCGACAUCCUCUGACAAUACUGCCCCGGAUGCUAUCUCGAGUCCGCUUAUUGUAGUUGCAUUGGAUUUAGGAACAACGUAUUCCGGGUAUGCGUUUUCUUUUAUUGAUAGACCUGAUGAAAUACUAACCAAUGGAACAUGGAAUAGUCAAAAAUACCACCUGGCAUCCAUUAAAACACCAACUUGUUUGAUGAUAAACAAGACAAACAAAGACGAUUACAGGUUUGGAUAUGAAGCUGAAGAUGAUUACGCAGACAUGCAAACAGAGAGUACAGGGGAAGCUGAUAAUUAUUUCUUCUUUGACAGAUUUAAAAUGGAACUUCAUGUGCAAAAGGAGGUUUCAGAGCAAAUGCUGUUAUACGAUGUUAAAGGUCAAUCUCUGCCAGCGAUAGAAGUGUUUUCGACAGCCAUAAAAGCACUUAAAGAACAUCUGUGGACUAUUCAUAUAGAGAAAAAUAUGAGGGACAUCAAAAUGCAAGAUAUAAAAUGGGUAUUGACUAUUCCAGCAAUCUGGAGUGCAAAAUCAAAGCUCUUUAUGAGACGAUGCGCAGAGAUGGCCGGUAUACAGAGUAAAAGACUAUGUAUAGCCUUAGAACCUGAAGCAGCGGCGUUAUAUUGUCAACAAAAACAACGCACUAUUGACGAAUAUGGAGCAGGGAGAAGCAUUGCAAAGAUUGGUCAAGGGGCAAACUAUUUAGUUAUCGAUAUUGGAGGUGGAACCGUAGAUAUCAUAGCACACAAGAAGAUAAUUCAUGAUAAAGUUGAAGAGCUAUGUUCAGCAUCAGGAAAUGACUGCGGAGGUACACGUAUCGAUAGGGAAUUUAUGCAAAUGAUAAAAACUAUCGUUGGAAAAAAUGUGAUGGAGGGACUUAAAAAGGAAUAUACCUUGGAUUAUAUAGAUUUCAUAAGGGUACUUGAAAUAUUUAAACGGGGUGUUGGUAAUAGGAAAAAGGCAACAAUUAAUAUGUCUAUACCAGUAACGGCAUUAAAUGAUCUCUGCAAAAAGUUUGGCAAAGGAUCAUUUUCUGAAGCUGUUAGUCAAUCUGAUUAUAAAAACGAUUUGCAUAUCAAAGCCAAUGUAUUACAGGUCCAAAUGACACUUGCAAGAGAGAAAUUUAAAAGCAUAACUGACAAAAUAGUGAAGGAAAUUGAAAAUGUACUCGCACGUAUUGAAGGGUUAACAAUUGAUACGUUUUAUGUUGUUGGAGGAUGUUCAGAAUCAAGUAUAAUACAAGAGGCUAUAAAGGAUUCCUUUAAAAGCAAACAUAUAGUUACACCCGAAGAACCGAUUCUUGCAGUUUUAAAAGGCGCUGUUUUAUUUGGUCACACACCAGACUUUGUUACAUCAAGGGUAACUAGGUUUGCAUAUGGACGACGCAUUCGUCCAAUAUUUAACGAGUUGGCACACGAUAUCAAUCGAAAAGUAGAAAGCGAUGGGGAGUUUCGUUGUACCAAUGUCUUUGAUCUCCUAAUGAGAAAGAAUACACGCUGUUCAGUGGGAAGCACACAAUCAAUUGAAUAUCACACGUAUGAGCAGAACCAGGCUAAGGUAACAGUUGCUGUGUAUGUGUCGGAAAAUGAUGAUACAGAGUAUGUUGAUGAGGAAGGUUGUGAAAAAUUAGGAGAGCUUGUUGUAGAUAUUCCAAACCCAACAAGUGGAAGACGAUAUAUUAAUGUAGAUUUUCACUUUGGUGGGACGGAACUUAUUGUCACAGCUACUGUAAAAGGAGAAAUGACACCGUGUACUGCACGUUUUGAAUUGAUAUGAUUAGAGAUUAGAAACCAUGUUUGAAAGUAAGAUCGCAGUCAAGCAAUGAUGUUCAUUCCAUGCCAAUCAUUUUGUUUAUUAAUCAUAUGGACUGGACUUCCGAAAAAGUUCAUUUUAGAAUCCAGAAUGCAAUUCUAAUUUUUUACUACAAAUGAGAAAAAAUUCAAAAAAUCUUACAUGAUGCAUAAAUAUAACUAUAAUUACCUAAAUAAUAAUAGCAUAACAGAAAUUAGGGACAUAAAACCAUAUAUAUAUAUGAAGUAAAAACUGCUUUUAGAUUUUACUCGAAGUAACAUGGAAUUCAAUUGCUUGGAAAUUCAAUAUUGUAUGAAUUUCAUGAUUUUAUGUUUCCUACCAAAAAAAAAAAGAAUUAAUGAAUUAAAGUACUUUAGAAUUUGAUUUAUGACGGAAGAUAACUCUAUUGGUUGGACUUAAUAAUAGAUUGCGCUGUGUUAAAAAUUACCUUGCUUGUGAUAAAGCUACAACUAUCACAGUUUUCGCUCUACUUACAACUAGUUUGCAAGAAAAGCAAUAUCCUCAAGUCGUCCACUUGUUUAGUUUUUUUUAUGGAAGAAAUAUGAUAUUUUUGUAUAAAUACAUUAAAAACAGAACUUUGCACAACUUGUCAGUCGAAAAUAAAUUUGAGGUCACAGAAUUUUGUGUUUGUAUUUUUAGUAUGAUAUGAUAACAUUUAAAUGAGUAUGUGUAAGAGAACGAUUAUCUCUCAUAUCAUGGAGAAAGGCAUUAUCUUUUAUUUUAGGAGAGGAUAUGUAAAAGUGAAAAUUUACUUAAUUGUUUUCCAAUCCUAAUAAAACUGUCAUAUUGUAAUGUUUAUGUAAUAAAUUCAAAUAUUGUUCACAUUAAA